AUGUUUAAACAGAUCCGCCAAUUAGCCACGUCCGGCACGGUUUCUGGCUUCGGCGUAGCCAAACCACCAAAGUAUACGUUGGGAUCGCUUCGUAGCUUCCCAUCGUUAGAACCUAAAACCUUUGUCCCACUUCCAGCAUCGUUUUUCGAUGCUCCAUUCCGAAGAGAUAUAUUAUGGAGUGCAGUAGUUUAUGAAGCUGAUGGUGCCAGAGUCGGGUCAGGAUACGUGCCUACAAAGAGCGACAAACUAUACUCUAAUCGCAAACUUCAUCCUCAAAAAGGUACCGGAAGGGCUCGUGUAGGAGAUGCCAACUCUCCCAUUCGAGACAAUGAAAUUAAAGCCCACGGUAUCAAAGCACCUCAUGACUGGUCUACGGACUUGCCCAGAAAGAUCUACAACAAGGCAGUAAAGACUGCUAUAUCUGAUCAGUACCGUAAAGGAAAUAUUUUUAUCGUGGAAGAUGGAGUCGAUUUCAAAUAUGCUCACCAAGAUGCGACCAAACAAUUUGUCGAAGCCCACAGCUUGGAUAAAUUACACCUCUUGUUUAUCACCAAUGAGCAAAGAACAAACUUAUUAGAAUCUACGGAAUAUUUGGGAACUAAAGGUGAUGUGAUUGUCAAAGAAGCGGUUCAAGUUCGCGACCUUCUCAAAGCCAAUCGUAUAUACAUUGAGGCAGAUGCCUUGAAGUGGAUGAUUGGAAAAUACAUGUAA